AUGCCACAGGCCGAGCCCAGGCCCCCGGCUCCGCGUGCUAGCGGCCCAGGCCCGAGGGACGGCCGCUGGGCCCCGCCUGCGGCCUCUGCCCUCACCUCGCAGGCGGCCGCCUUCAGGUCGCCGCUCCACUUGGCCUUUCCUCCGGCCGUCUGUCCAAUUUCCCCUUCUUACAAGGACACCAGUCACAAUAGAUUAAGGCCCAGCCGCAACAGCCUCAUUUUAGCUUGA